AUGCACGAUCUUUUUUAUAUUUUUACUUUAUCCAGGUUAGCUGCAUCUUCACAUGGCAGUCACCGGUGCAUAGUCACAGCAACCACUCCGCUACUUUUUAAAGUAUCCCAAGUUAUUUGUGCAGAACCUUUGAAAAAAAAGAAGAAAGUGGAUCCACAAGUCUUACGUCAUAGAGAAGAAAGAAAAAAGAAGAAAAUUGAGAAGGCAAUUAAAAGACUUGAGAAGAAUGCAAGUCAACUAAAACCAAUAGAUGAAAUAGAUGUUCCGUUAUCACUAUUGCAGGAGAAAGAGAUGCGCACUAGGACAAAUCCUUUUAUUAGUGAAGUGGAGGAGGAUUACAGGUCAGAUCUUUUGAAGCGAUGGUGCCAGUAUAAACAACAACAGUCUGUAACAGAGGUGUUUAUGAUUGACACCUUACAAGAAUCUGUGAAUAGAGCAUUGGAGGAACUGCACAAGGAAUCUGAAGAUUUGUGGCUGGAGGCAAUACAGAUAGAUCCAUUUCUUAUACCAUUUCAUGCAAAAGGACCUGUGAGAACUCCACCUAUAAAGGAUUAUGAUGCACCAGAUGGGGAAUACAUUAAUGAGACUAAAAAGUGGGAGUAAAUAGGAAAAUGAGAUUCUGUAUUAUUUUCAAAAUAAAUUGUAUGAAUAUUUUGAAAUUGAUUGUCUUUAAUAUUGUAGUGUUUGACUUCAAUAAAACUGAGAUUAAGCUUUGUUUGAAUUUUGAAUGUCUGAAUUUUUAUUAAUCACAGUGAAUUAUUCAAAAAUGUCUAAAUACUUUUUAUUUAAUCUGUUAUAUUUUAUUUUGAAAAAAAGUAUGUAAGGUAGGGCUGUUAUUUUGACACUGUAAAUAAUCUAUAGUUACUUUAUGUGUUUUACAAAUUUUUCUGUUCAAAUAGCACAUUAAUAAAAUUAGAGUAAUGGU